GAUACUUUGCAAGAGAUACGCUAGCUCUAGCUACACAGACAGCUAAUUCAUAUUAACUUGUUGUGCAUUGUGCGGGCAGCUCGUGUGUGUGCGCCGCCAGCCAACCAACCAGCCAGCCAGCCAGUCAGCCAGUGAGGCUCUGAGUGCAUUUUCAUUAAAGUCAACAAGUUGCAGCCGCAUAAGGUCAAAUAAGAGCAGCCUCGAUCAAAAUGAUGGCAACGUCACAGGAUUAUUUUGGCAAUCCGUAUGCCCUUUUUCGCGGACCGCCCACCACAUUGCGUCCGCGUGAAUCGCCCGUGGGCGUUGGCCACGCCCAUACGCACGGCCAUGGACAUAUGCAUGGCCAUGCCCACUCUCACGCCCACGGGCAUGGUCAUCAUGGCCACGCCCACUCGCAUUAUGCGGCCUUGGACUUGCAGACGCCGCACAAGCGGAACAUCGAAACGGAUGUGCGAGCACCGCCGCCGCCAUUGCCGCCGCCACCGCUUCCGCUUCCGGCCGCAUCGCCUAGGUACAACACUGACCAAGGAGCGAUGGACCAGCAAUUCUGCUUGCGCUGGAACAAUCAUCCCACAAAUCUGACCGGCGUCCUUACCUCCCUGCUCCAGCGGGAGGCGCUCUGCGAUGUCACGCUCGCCUGCGAGGGCGAGACAGUCAAGGCUCACCAAACCAUACUGUCAGCCUGCAGUCCGUAUUUCGAGACGAUUUUCCCAAACCAGCAUCCACAUCCCAUCAUCUACUUGAAAGAUGUCAGAUACUCAGAGAUGCGUUCUCUGCUCGACUUCAUGUACAAGGGCGAGGUCAACGUGGGUCAGAGUUCGCUGCCCAUGUUCCUCAAGACGGCCGAGAGUCUGCAGGUGCGUGGCCUCACAGAUAACAACAAUCUGAACUAUCGUUCCGACUGCGACAAGCUGCGCGACUCGGCGGCCAGCUCGCCCACCGGCCGCGGUCCGAGCAAUUACAGCGCCGGCCUUGGCGGCGGCGGCGGCAGCGGUGUUGGUGGUGGCGGAAGCGGCAGUGUGGCCGAUGCGAUGCGCGAAUCCCGCGACUCCCUGCGCUCCCGCUGCGAACGGGAUCUGCGCGACGAGCUGACGCAGCGCAGCAGCAGCAGUUUGAGCGAACGCAGCUCAGCGGCAGCAGCGGCCGCGGCGGCAGCAGCUGCUGCGGUGGCAGCUGCCGGCGGCAAUGCCAUGAAUGCAGCGGCCGUGGCCCUUGGCCUGGCCACGCCCACCGGCGGCGAACGAUCUCCGAGCGUUGGCAGUGCCAGUGCCAGUGCUGCGGCAGCGGCAGCAGCGGUUGCAGCGGCUGUUGCAGCCGCUGCCAAUCGAAGUGCCAGCGCCGACGCGUGCAGCGAUCGCGGCAGCGAGCGUGGAACUCUUGAUCGUUCCGAUAGUCGCGAUGAUUUGUUGCAAUUGGAUUAUAGCAACAAGGAUAAUAAUAAUAGUAACAGCAGUAGUACUGGCAACAAUAGUAGCAACAACAACAACAAUAACAACAACAACAAUAAUAACAACAACAAUAACAACAGCAGCAACAACAACAACAGCAAUCGAGAGCGAAAUAACAGCAGAGAGCGAGAAAGGGAGCGAGAGCGGGAGCGGGAGCGUGAAAGGGAUCGGGACAGGGAGAGGGAGAUGUCCACCACGCCCGUGGAGCAGCUGAGUAGUAGUAAGCGCAGACGUAAGAACUCAUCAUCCAACUGUGAUAACUCGCUGUCCUCGAGCCACCAGGACAGGCAUUACCCGCAGGACUCUCAGGCCAACUUCAAGUCGAGUCCCGUGCCCAAGACGGGCGGCAGUACAUCAGAAUCGGAGGAUGCCGGCGGACGCCACGACUCGCCGCUCUCGAUGACCACCGGCGGCCACCUGGGCAGCCUCGGCGGUGGCAAUGUGGGCGCGGCCAGCGCCUUGAGCGGUCUGAGCCAAUCGCUGAGCAUCAAGCAGGAGCUGAUGGACGCCCAGCAGCAGCAACAGCAGCAUCGUGAGCAUCAUGUGGCCCUGCCGCCCGACUACUUGCCGAGCGCCGCCUUGAAACUGCACGCGGAGGACAUGUCAACGUUGCUAUCGCAGCACGCUCUGCAGGCGGCGGAUGCACGGGAGGAUCACAACGAUGUCAAGCAGAUGCAGCUGGAUCAGACCGAUAACAUUGACGGUCGCGUCAAGUGUUUUAACAGUGAGGAUCGGGAGCGGGAACGGGAGGAGCAGGAACGCGAUAAGGAGCUGGAGCACGAUGUGCAGGUGCAUCACGAUCGAGAUAUGGAUGCGGAGGAUAUGGAGCAGCAGGACCAGGAGGAUGUCGAUGAGGAGUCGGCGGCAGCAGCGGCAGUCUAUCAUUCAACGCCGCCGAAAUACCGCCGAGCGGUGGUCUAUGCCCCACCCCAUCCCGACGAGGCGGGUGCCUCCGGAUCGGAUAUUUAUGUGGACGGUGGCUAUCAAUGCGAGUACAAGUGCAAGGAGCUCAAUAUGCGAGCCAUCCGCUGCAGCCGACAGCAGCACCUGAUGUCCCACUAUCCGCCCCAUCAUCAGCACCACCGCUCCCUGAUGGAUUGUCCCGCCGAGGCGGCCUACUCGCCACCGAGUGUGACCGGCAGUCAGGCCUACCUGACCAGCAAUGGAUCGGUGCAGCAGUUGGAUCUGUCCAAUUAUCACGGACACAGCCAUGGCCAUCACCAUCAUCCGUCUACCCUGCCGAUACCACCACCACCGCCCAGUCACUCUCAAGGAUCGCCUCAACACUAUCCCACUGCCUCGGGUUCCGGCGGCUCUGGCUCUGGCGGGAUUUCGGGAUCAGCAUCGCUAACGGGUUCAGCUUCAGGUUCGGCCACAUCGGCACCGCCAUCGGUGGUUACAUCGGCUGUCUCGCCGCAGCCCAGCUCCAGCUCCAGCGGCUCCUCCUCCUCGGCGGCGGCGGCAGUGGCAGCGGCAGCCGCGGCGGCGGCCAAUCGGCGGGAUCACAACAUCGACUACUCCACCCUGUUCGUCCAGCUAUCCGGCACUCUGCCCACCCUGUACCGUUGUGUGAGCUGCAACAAGAUCGUGUCCAAUCGGUGGCACCACGCCAAUAUCCAUCGGCCGCAGAGCCACGAGUGCCCGGUUUGUGGUCAGAAGUUCACCCGCCGGGACAACAUGAAGGCCCACUGCAAGAUCAAGCAUGCGGACAUCAAGGAUCGGUUCUUCAGCCACUAUGUACAUAUGUGAUCACUUCUCUAGGCGUCUGAUCGAGUCGAGGCAAGGGCAGAUCCAAAUCAAAUCAAAUCAAAUGAUUGAAGACAGGUUUUCACCACUAUUAAGCAACGUAUACGUAAUUCAAUGCAAGCUAGAGUGAGGAGCCAACGUCUUGGCAGUUGGAUGUACAUCUAUAUAUCUAUUUAUAAUCCUUAUAUACACACAACACACACGCAUACACAACACACACACACAGGCAGACAGACACACCUAUGCUAAUCGUAGUUGACUUCAAGACUCUGAACUAUCUAUUAUUGUUAAAUCGUCGAAACCUCUAUAGAGCUGCUUCUUUUGUAGAUCACACAUAGAGCGAACCAAAUGGAUAAUUAUCGAUUAUCAAUUAUCGAGAUGAGAAUCGAUAAUAUCGAGUUAAUUUUGCGAAUUAUAAUGAAUACCGAGACCAGUACUCAGUGGAGGGAAACUUUGACAAGUAUUAUAUGUAGAAUUCCAAUCGAUUUCCGCGUCAGUUAUUAUUUUAUUUACUUACUUAACAUGUGCUGUAGUGAAUGUUGACUAAUUUUCGUUCGUUCGUGUCAUUUUGUGCCAUAUUAGCUAAUCUCUCUUCUAGUCCAUAGGCCCUAAGGUCGCUAAAGAUAACGAAAGGUUAAAUAAUUAAUGAUUAAUCUAGGCAAAAUCGAGUGAGGCAAGCAAGCUUGAUCAACGUGAAGACUUGAACCAAAAAAGGCAAUGCAAAAUAUAUCGACUAUUUUUGAGAAUCUCCAUCUCUUUAAGGUCUCUAGUCUUGUCUCAAAUAUUUUGUCCGCAAAGAAAAAUUGAGAAAAAUUAUAUAAUUCGGGCAGCGUCCAACUUCAAACCGUUUAUGCCGAGCCCCCAGAGAACAUCAUCGGUAGCUGAGGUUGGACGCUCUCCUGAACUACAUGUGAAUGUAUAUCUUUGGCAAAACACCCACCGAAGUUGGUUACAGAUAAUUUACUUAUUCAAUUCAUUCAAUCUACACAAUUCAGUGCUUUGCUAAAGAUCAAACUUAAAUCGGAUUUUAACGAGAAACGAUGUACUUAAAACCUUAGAAAUAGUGAAACCAAUCAAGCAAAGAAUCCAAUUAAUUAACACUCAAAUACAAAUAUAUACAAGUACACAUAUGUAUGUGAAACGGAUAAAUCAAUCUUUAACAUCUUUAACUUUACUUAAUAAAUCUCUUUCAAAUCAAA